AUGUACAUACGAGAAAGAUCGCAUCUGCACAUUAAGGACGUGCUGUGCCUGCCUACCAUAUGUCGUGAUGUCAGUAUACCUACACAUACACACACACGUAGCGUGCUGAAGCAUCCCAGGAUCAAUGUCGCCACGCGUCUGCGACGCGCGAUCUUGCUCAAUGACCUCCUCCUGGUGAAACGCAUUGUCCAGAACAGCCCUCGGCUUUUGCAAAAUCCAGACUUCGAGGACAAGAGCAAUACGAGCUUGCAUCUGGCGGCCUCGAAUGGUCUCCUCGAGAUUUGCAGAUUUCUGAUCGAAGCAGGCCAUGAAAAUGUCGAGAUCAGCCGCAACACCGACGAUGAUACACCUCUCAUGGUCGCCGCGAAGAGUGGCAAAGUGCAAGUGGGAGAGCUCCUGAUAGAAGCCUUCCCGCGAUGCAUCCAAUACGUUAAUAAAGCUGGGCUGGAUGCACUCACGCUAGCGUCACAGCAUCCUGCAUCCACCGGUCUGAUACCACCACUACUACAGCAUCCCGAAUACCCAGCCUCGCCUCAUGUCAAGGAUCAGGAUGGGAACACGCCACUGCACCAUGCCUCCGCUUCGGGAUCACUAAAAGCCCUACGAAUCAUCUUAUCGGCUGGUGCAAACCCACUGGCAAAGAACGACUACGACUGGACGCCGCUGGCCUACAGCCAAACAGUAGCCGCAGAAGUCUACUUUAAGAACCUUGUAGCUGAAUUUGAGCGUAGGAAGGUGGAAGGUGCGAAGCUUGGCGAGGAACGAGAAAGGCAACGAGCAGCCGGCGUUCGUAUCGUGGACGAUGAGGGAGCACUGCAAGAAGACGCGGUGAUUGGCGAUGCGCUCAAGCGGCACUGGAGCCCUACGGAGAGCAGACGGCCCAUGACUCCCGGCUCGGCACCAAGACAUGACUGGGGUCCAGGACUGGCGUUGCAGCACUCGAGGACGAGGUCCAGUAGUGGGGACCUGGUGCGGUGA